CCUGGGGUCCUGGUGGGACGCCGCGGCGACCUGUGCGCGCGCAGCGAGCUUUGAGCGCGGCGGGGGCAGGAGCGUGGCCCCAGUCACCGCCGGCGAGCGCGAUGGAGAGGGCGGAGGUCACAGAAGAGGACGGCCCGCGGACCAUGGAGGACAGGAAGGGUCUGCUGCAGGAGCUUCUCAGCAGGAAGAGCGAAGGCUCGCCACUGGCCGAGCGCGACUCGGAAGAACAGGGACAAAGCGACGACACCGGUUGUCAGGAAGGCGCGGAGAAUGGCGGCCUGUCGGCGGUGAUCCCGGAGCCGGACUACUCAGACUCGGAGGAGGAGAACCGGCAGGGCCGCGCCAACUGCCGCUUGCCCACCUCGCCCGACGGGCUCAUCCUGCCGCGCAAGCUGGCCAACCCGUGCCGGGACAGCGCCGAUCGGCGUCAGCUGCACCGCGAGCUCCUCUUCAACCAGAGAACCGGGAAGAACGUGCUCGGUCAGAAGAGCGAGCUGCAGCGGGCGAUGGAGCGGCACCGCGAGCAGCAACAGCGGCGCGAGGCGCUUCUCCAGACGCAGAACAACAAGAGCAGCUUUGAACGCGCCCUGGAUGAGCGGCUGCUGAGCGUCGAGCCCAAGAUGGCGGAGGAGGCGCAGCCGAAGCUGGACGGCACGCCGGAGUUCCUCAAGGUCCACGCCAAGGUGCGUGCCAACAUCAACACGCUGUCGUGAGGCGGACGGACGCCAGGUGCGGCUCGAGGGCCGCUCGCGGUGUGUGACCCAGGGGAGCGGAGCCGUCCGCCUCGACCCGGGACGGACGCCAGGUGCGGCUCGAGGGCCGCGCGGCGGCCACCGUCGGCUCGCGGUGUGUGACCCGGGGGAGCGGAGCUGUCCACCUCGACCCGGGACGGACGCCAGGUGCGGCUCGAGGGCCGCGCGGCGGCCACCGCCCGCUCGCGGUGU